GUUUGUGGUCAGUGAUGCAAUUGGGUGAUUUUCAACUCUGAUCAUAUCAUAUAGAGGAAGUCUCUUGAUAGUGAUUUAUGCUCUUUUAUAUUAAUUUGGUAAACCAGCCCUACUGCCUUUGAAGAUGCUUUUACUUAAUUUUCCUGAUGCUCUGAGUUCUGCCCCCAUGGCACCAUUCUUUACAGCUCACUAGGAUCUUGUGAGAAAGUCUGCUGAAUUUCAGGAGGGUCCUAGUUGGCAACAGCAGCUGAAUUCACUGGUCUUGCUGGCUGGAAAAAAAAGAGAUGAUGCUGUGUUUUUCAAACUACUCAGACUUUUUUAAAAAAUCACCUGCUGAGUCAUUGUAGUAGUAACAUGAACAAUGCAGCAAGACCUAGAUGGCUAUAGUUAUAACAAGCCAGACUCCAGAGAUUUCUCUAUUUUAAGUCUGGGAUAAGUGCCAGUAGUAAAAUUUCAAAAUCCAGGAGCAGGAUAAAUGCUCACACCACCACCACCACCACUUCAAGUUUAGACAGGGAACUUUUCCUUUUUUCAUAUUAAAGGAACAGUAUAGUUUCUUCCUCAGUAUCGGUUAGAUAAGCCUUAGCAAUUCCGCGGCGGAGGGGGGGUGGGAAGGGAGAACUCCCCUGAAAGACAGACCGGUAACAGCUAGAGCCUCUUACAAGAUUGCUCGUUCUUUUCAGCUGCAAAUUUUUGCCAAUACUGCAAUGGUUCUGGUGAGCUUUAGAAAAACCUCCCCCAUCCACCCGCGGGAGAUCGCGUCAAGUAUAUACGCCAGGUAUAUAGCGGAAAGGUAAUCGAUAGAUAUUCCAGAUCCUCCCCUUUCAGUUAACAGUAUGAAGAGUCCGGCUUUCUGUAACAGUGGCGAGACUAAGCCCUGGCCCAAGAUUAGGAGAACGGGACGGCGGAGAGAGGCUUGCUUUGGGAAGCGAGUUCCCGUAGUUGCCACGGUUUGGCACCUCCUCCUCCCCCGCCGCUGGUCUUUCGCCACUCGGGCCUGUUCCUUUAAGAGCCACCCCCGAAAGGAUGUACUCGGUAUUGCUUUGCAGACGAUAUCCGUGCGCUUGUUUGUCGGAGUGGCUGGACGAAGGAGCAGAAAGUUUACGGUUGGCAGGCUCCCACCCUGGGAUGAGUGAAUGAGUGGCCCGCUACUCCCUCCCCCUGCAGACGGUUUGCGGCGGCGUUGCGCUGGCUCCGAGUGGCACCGUCUCACUCUCCCCCGGAGCAGAGGAAAGGCGCAGGAGUUCGUCCGCGCAUGGCGCUGGUUACUGUAUGUCGAUCCCCAUCGGGAAGUGGCCACUCGACCCCCACCGGCUGCAAGGAUGAAGAUGUUCCCAGGAGAAGACAAUUGCAGCGACGCCACAGCUUUGUCAUGGUCAAGGGAGCUGCUCUACUCCUGCCAGAAGAAGACAAGUUGGAAGCAGUCCAGGAGGGUCCAGCAACCCCUCUUGACCAAACACAUAAAAGUGAAGAUGCUAUACCUGGGCAGCAAGAACUGCACUUACAGCAAAUGGUGGGGCUGCUCCGGCCAGAAGACACUAUCCAGCUGGCUGUGAGACUGGAGUCAGCGCGAGCUCAUAGAAUCCGAUACUUGGUGGUGGUCUCAGCCACAGAGAGGGAGAGCAAGAACGAGAUGGUGCUUUUAGGGGUAGACUUCCCUGAUGAAAGCUUGGCUACCUGCACACUGGGUAUGGUGCUUCCACUUUGGAGUGACACACAGGUUUUCCUUGAUGGCGAUGGGGGCUUCAGUGUGACAUCUGGGGGACAAACACGGAUCUUUAAGCCUAUCUCUGUCCAGACAAUGUGGUCAGCACUGCAAGUGCUGCACAAAGCAUGCAGCGAAGCAGUCUCCAACAACUAUUUUCCUGGAGGGGGUGUAUUGACCUGGACCGAGUGGUAUCAGAAGGCUGUGAAUUCUGACCAGAGCUGCAUUAAUGAGUGGCUAGCCAUGUCUGACCUGGAAUCUGUGCGACCCACGUCUCCCUCCAUCUUCUCAGACCAGCCGACAGCACAGGACGUGACAGAGCGGAUGAUCCGGGCCAAGCUGCGUGAGGUGAUGGGCACCACUGACCUGGAGAGCAUCACCUCCAAGGAGAUUCGUACAGAACUGGAGCAGCGGGUUGGCUGUAGUCUGAAAAAUUACAAGGAGUUUAUUGACAACGAAAUGUUACUUAUCAUGGCACAGAUGGAUAGGCCUUCUAAGAUCUUUGACUACCUCUAUUUGGGCUCUGAAUGGAAUGCAGCCAACCUUGAGGAGCUCCAAAAAAACAGAGUCAGCCAUAUCCUCAAUGUGACUCGUGAGAUUGACAACUUCUUUCCAGAGCAUUUCACUUACAUGAAUGUGCGUCUCUAUGAUGAAGAGGCCUCACAACUACUGCCAUACUGGAAGGAGACCCACAGUUUCAUUUCAGAUGUUCGGACCCAAGGCUCUCGGGUAUUGGUGCACUGCAAAAUGGGAGUGAGCCGGUCUGGCUCCACAGUGAUUGCCUAUGCCAUGAAGGAAUAUGGUUGGUCAUUGGAACGGGCUCUUGGUCAUGUGCGAGAACGGCGACCAAUUGUUCACCCCAAUCCAGGCUUCAUGAGACAGCUGGAACUUUACCAGGGCAUGCUGGAUGCCAGCCGUCACAGCAGCCUGUGGGAACAAAAGGCGGGAGAUGCUCCCUCAGGAGGUUCUUCUGAUAUAAGCGAUGCCAGCAGUGAUCAUUCUGGAAGCUUGGAGUACGAGACUCUGAGCUCAGAUGAAGAACCAGAAGUGCCAAUAACAAUUCCCCAGUAUUGUUUUCGUCCUUUGCAUGAGCCUUCUCAGAAUCCCAGUCAGCCCCUGCCCCCCAUAGUCAGCCCUCAGCUCAUUCCUCAGGCAACAGAAGAACCCGGGGCAUCAGAUGAUUCAGGAGCUGAGGAGGUACGGAGACACCUGGCUUCCAUGAAAGUACCUGAGAAGCCAGCCAUACUCCGACGGGAACGCAUUAACCUUUAUGCAAUUAUGCGCAGCAUCAGUGAGAUGGAUAGCCCAGAACACACCUCUGUGACAGGAGACACACCUGAGGAAGAGGUGUUUCUUCAUGCUGAAAGGAAGAUCUGUGAACCGUCAUCCCAAAGUAAGGAAAAUGAAAAGCCAGUAACAGCAAAAUUGUCUCUACCAGGAGACCAGCGGGCACAUGGACAGAGGCCAGGGCGAAGGGGCCGUAGCAGAGGUUCCAAAGUCCAUGCUCAGCCUUGCAAACAGCUCUCAUACCAUCCAGCACCAGGCAAGGUGCAUAAAGCUGUUCGGCACAUGGAAGGGUCUGGCUCAUGUGGGCGCAGGCCCCCCUUGCAGCACCGCCUCUCAGUGGCUCAGCUGGCUGAUGCUGCCCUGGUGGUGAGUCGGACCAAGGAGUUUGAGGGACAGAUGAAUCCUGAAAUUUCCAAGAAGCUCCAAUUGCCAUCUUCCUUGCCAUGUUCCAGGUCUCGACAGGUUGUGCGCCAGGCCAGUGUUGACAUGGACCCCAAUUCAGUCUGAAGACCUUUCCCCCUUUGUACUCUCAGUAAGCAAAGGAUUUCAUGGAGUCCCAAGAUUGAAGAUACAUUUGUGAUAUUCAGCCUGAGGAAAUACAUUUUUUGUACACUGCCUCAGGGGAGAGAAAUUCUCUACUCUUCAAGAGACCACAGCUGCUUUCCAAGUGCAUUUCUUCUCCUUUCUAUAGGAAAUGGUAGUAUGGGUGUGGAAAAGACCAGUGUUGCUUUUGGGUUUACUCCCAUUUUUAGGUAUUACAGAUGUUCUAAGAGUCCUGAAGAUGUCAUGAUUUUAAGUUUCAAAUGGCAGGGCUGUUCGUUCCUUUAAUUUGCUUUGACUGCCUUCGUAUUCUGUUCUUCCCCAAUCUGAUAUUUUUUAGAUUUAUGGACUGGAAUUCUGGUCAUCCUCACCCAGCACAAUAGUGGAAAUUGUAGUCAGACAUGAGGCCUCCAGAUAGGCCAAAGGUUGUUUUGCAGAGAAGGUUUAAGACUGAAUCCUCUCACUGUGAUCCAAGUGGGGAAUGAACUACUUUUUACUUUUGUGUACUUACAGUUACUGUGCCAUUGCCAGCUUCACACAGCCUGAAAAUAAAGUUCAUCCAUUUUCCACUUGGUAA